AGUCGGCGCGCCUACUCUAGACUGGUUCGUUGCCAGAGCGCGAUCUAUUUUUGGCCGGCCGUCGCGUUUUUCGAAAUUGAGUCAGUGAGCGGCUACUCGCAUGUGUGCGUGCGCGCCUCCCGAUGAGACGGUCAGCCGCGAUAGGGGUCGCCACGAUGACCGGGGAUGACGUCGUUACCACCCUUACCUAAGUUACUGCGUUGGUGCGAAUUUAGUUCGUCGUUUAAACCAGACAGGUGGCAUUGUGGUCGCAUUCGAUAUAUUGUUCUUGUAGCUUGACUGUUUUAAGCUGAGUUUAAUUCGUCACAAUGACCACCUCUCUGGACACCACCGCUGCCUCGAAAAAUUUUUGGUCCGCAUCUCAAAGAAAAGCUGCGUCGAGGAUAUUCGCUCAAGCUUUGUUUUCUGCAUUACCGACCGCUCCCAGAAAAAAAGAAGCCAAUAGCGAUUUUAGCGUAAAAAAGGAGGUUAUUAAGGAGGAAAGCGAAGAAAAGGUUAAAUAUAAAGAUAGGAACGAUAGUUAUGAUAAUUAUAGCUAUGAAAAUAGAGAUAGUUCGAGUUAUUGGACUGACAGCGACUAUGAGGGUUCAUCGACGUAUGACGAGGUGGGAUUUUCGAUGACACUACAUGUUUGCGACCAUGAUUUAACCGCCUUGUACUUGAAUAUGGAAAUAUGCAGAAGACGUCGAAUAUUAUUAGAAGCACGCGAACGAGAUGCUUCCUUGGCCAUUCGACCAAAGAGCCACAAGCGAAUUUCUGGCACCGGACAGCGAAGCAAAUCCAAUCGUUUUCAUUAUCAUUCCACUUUGCGCCGUCUUCAUAUAACUUUCCAUACCAUAUCUACUCUUCGGCCGGCUAAAAUACUUUGUUCAAACAACCGCAUCCGCAUAUUUCGUCUUGUCUCCACAAGAUUAUCGGACCAACACAAAGCGAUCCGCCAGCAAAAGCUUAUUACAGAAGCCGAUCCGAGGAACUAUGGUUAUUAUCGGCAACACGCGUUAUAUUUUUAUUUCGUCUCUUUCGCAAUUAUUUUAGUAUUCCUUCUGAAGCUAGUCAGAUAACGAUGUAUAAAUAGUUUGUUAGGUCGGGCGUGCAGUC